CUUCACUGCUGGACUCUUCACUACUGGACUCUUCACUACUGGACUCUUCACUGCUGGACUCUUCACUGCUGGACUCUUCACUGCUGGACUCUUCACUGCUGGACUCUUCACUGCUGGACUCUUCACUACUGGACUCUUCACUACUGGACUGGUCUCUAUCUAACCCUCAUCUAACCCCCAUAGUGUCUCAUAGACACUCAACACCUUCCUCCAUGGGUGCAGCAGUGGACUAUAACGUUUUGUGGAGCAAUGUUACAGAUGCAGAUGAACUGCCUGGGGUAUACUGUGCUGUGAAAUGGAUACAGGUGGUUACGUCUAUGCUAAGUAUUGUAGGUUCUGGCUCGAUCAUUGGGUAUGCUGUAUUUCAGAAUGCUGUUAGAUCCCCAGAGGUUCGGCCACUGUUUUAUCUCAGUGUCUCUAACUUGCUUCUGGCUUUUUGCUGGCUCCUUGGGGCUGUACUGUACAGACCGCAUGCCCCAAAACCGAAUUUGCCAUGCUUUAAUCUUCAGGCGUUGGGGCAGAUGUUCUAUCUUUCUACAUUUUUGUACACGAUCAACUAUGUGUGGCAGACCUUCAAUAAUUUCAAAAGAAGAAUAGGCCAUGACUUAAUUCAGAUUUCAGAUAAAGAAUAUUGGAUGGGAAAAAUUACAACAGUUCUAUGCAGUGUGGUUCCUGUACUAUUCAUCUGCCCUGUAUUAUAUUAUGGAAACACUAAGAAAUGCUUUGGGAAUAACAGCUACAGCUGUUUGGUGCUGAACAUUGGAUCCCACAUUACAUUAGACCGCAACAGUUCUGACAGCUGUGCAGCCUUGCACACAUACAGCACCACUGUCUUCAUGGUUUCAUUUUGUCUUUCAACCAUAGGCAUUUUGGUCAUAUUGGGUUAUUCCUGUCAAUUAUUCAGAAUGAACCAAAAAGACUCAAGAUCACUACAAGAACACUGGGCUGUCAUCACUGUCACAAGACAUAGCUUCCUACUGUUCCCCGCCAUCUUCUUUUUCUGCUGCUUACCAGGUGUUACACUCACGCUUGUUAGCUUGAAGAGGAUAAAUGUUGGUUACCAGGCAUUAUGUUAUAUCCAGGCAUUUACUGCAGUUUCCCAAGGAUUCCUCAACAGCUUGGCAUAUGGAUGGACACAGCAAAUGAUUCAUUGCCUGAAACAAAAUAACUUUCGCGAUGUGGAUACACAGACUCCUCUUCUGCGAUCUCAAAAGAAUCUUUAUGCCAGCAUGCAGACUUCUAAUAGCUACAUAGAACCACGCAUUAUUUCUGCAUUUUGAUGAUCAAAAGCCACGGAUGCUAUAGGACAUAUCAAAAGGACUCUUAAUGGAGCUCUGGAGUAUGGCCAUUGUAUUUAAGGGACACACUACAGAAAAAUCCAAGGAAUCUUUCUCUGCAAGAAGGGCUGUGAUCAAAUGUUGGGUUUUGGUGAUCUGCCAGAAAGUGUUAAAGAAUGGGAAAAUUUUAUAGAUGGAUCCUGCCCUGAAGAAGCCUGGAAAAAAAAAAAAGACUUUUAAUAAGGAUAUAUGAUCUAGAUCAGUGAAAGUUCAUAUAUAGCAUGUAUCCGUAAGAAAUAUGACAUUCUAUUCCACAAUACCAUGCAAAGAGAGACCAGUAACAGGUGUCAGUUUUAGUGACACUCGAUAUAUUUAUUCCUAACAAUACGUGUGAUGGAUAUAGGAAAUGUUGUAUUGUCUCUGAGAUCUUCUUCUAGUCCGGUAGUCUCCAACCUGCGGAUCUCCGGAUGUUGCAAAACUACAACUCCCAGCAUGC